GCGAAGUCGCUAGGAGUAGUUGGUGGGUGUGGUUAGUGGAGUGUUUAUCCUCCGGUUACUUAUAAUGACUAGAACUUUUUUUUUUAAUAAUGACUAGAACUGGAGUCGUAUAGAUGUCCGUAUUUCCUCAAUCAACCGCUCUUCGUGCUGCUCCAUCUUCGCUCGUGUUUUUAAAAAUGCCGGUCGUGAAAACAAACCAAACCGGGAAAGUAGGGAAGCGUUAUUUUACAAAGGAGUACUGGAGAGGUUUGUUUAAAUUUUGUUUUUAGAUUCCUGAAGAACAGAGGACUGUUUCAUAUAAUUUAGAAAACAAUUUAAUUUUUUUUCUUCUUUUUCCUCAUAUUUUGUAUUUCCUUGUUAGGGUUAGACUUCAGAUUCAUACUCCAGUCCAGCUGGUGGUGGUAAUGCACCGUUAACGUUAGUUUGCCAACCGCCAUAAAACCUAAAGAAGAAGAAGAGGUAGGGAAGCGGAAGUGCGUGUACAGCGGAUGUAGAGUGGACCAAUCAGAGCCCUCUUGUCUGCGGGGCUUCUGCGGUGGUCAGUAUUUUUGGGAGGUGCGCGCAGACACUAUCUGCGAGGACUUCAGCAUAAAUUGGCCUGUAGUGUCUGAAGUAACCUAGGCAACGACGCGAGCGGGCUGAAUACAUGCACCAGCACCAUCUAGCUCUCGCUGCAGAGCCCUCGUAAACAUUUUUGUUAAAGUAAAGUCAGAAUGAAACGAUUUCUAAGUGGCAGUGAGAAGAGGAAAGAGGAUAGCGAACAGUUUGUUGAAAAGCUACCGAAAUUAGCAACCUUCUUCCACACAAGUUCUACCACCGAAGAAGAACCCAGGCCCAGCACAUCUAAUGAGCUGGGUUUUGCUAACAGCAAUGCUAGCUGCAGUGGUAGUCGUAGAGAUAGCGAUAUUAUAUCACCGGCAUCACAAAUGAACUCGUCUCGCAACGAGCAUGAGCCAGAAGAAGCAGCAGGCAAUCAAUCCACUGAUGGCACGGAAUCGAUGUUGGGGUUGAGGGGGGCCUCCGAAUUGUCCUUUGCCCAGAGCCUCAGAUUUCCUAAAACCGCCCCUGAUGACCAGACGAGCCCGAUUCGCCAGCAGCAUGUUUUUAACGUGAAGAAACUCCAUGGAUAUUUGACAGGGAGACUUCAAGGAGUUUUAGAAAAUGCCACAUUUUCUGUGCGGCAAUACAGAUAUGGCCAGUCCAACCCAACAUUUCUCAUUCAAACUCCAAAUAAGAGCUUUGUGCUCAGGAAAAAACCUCAUGGAUCUUUACUUCCGGGUGCUCAUAAGGUGGAUAGGGAGUAUGUUGUACAGAAAGCCUUGCACUCCAUUGACUUUCCUGUUCCUGAGCCUCUGCUUUACUGCUCAGACACAAAUGUUAUCGACACAGAGUUCUACAUCAUGGAGCAUGUUCAGGGCCGUAUAUUCCGAGACCCAAGGCUACCAGGCAUCUGUGCAGCAGAACGCAGUGCUCUGUAUGUAGCUGCAGUUGAGGUGUUAGCCAGACUUCACUCUGUUAACCUAACCACACUUGGCCUAGUAGGAUAUGGGAAAGGGGCGGGUUACACCAAGAGACAGGUGUCCACAUGGACAAAGCAGUACAGAGCCUCAGCCAGCAAAAGCAUUCCAGUUGUUGAUGAGCUUUCUGAUUGGCUGAGCAACAAUUUGCCAUCCACUGAUGACCAAGUGACCCUUGUACAUGGUGAUUUUCGGAUUGACAACCUGAUAUUCCAUCCAUCAGAGGCCCGAGUGCUAGCCGUAUUGGAUUGGGAGUUAUCCACAACUGGGCAACCACUUACAGACCUGACUUACUUCGUCAUGCCCCAUUACUGCCCCUCACAUCUUAAUCUCAUCACUGUUCUUGGUGGAGUUACAGGGAUAGAGGGUAUCCCUCCUGCAGAAGACCUGAUCUCCAUUUACUGCCAGCGCCGUGGAAUCCCCCCUUCAAUCCCACAUAAGAAUUUCUUUAUUGCCUUGGCCAUGUUUAAAAUGGCCUGCAUUGCACAGGGUAUUUACGCAAGGUCUUUGCUGGGGAAUGCCAGUGCUCCUAAUGCGGCUCAGUUUGGCGAGAGUGUAGAGCCUUUAGUUCAGCUGGCUCUGAAGAUUGCCCACAGCUCCUCAUCAGCUGUCCAAGUUCCUGAUCAUUUAUUUGGCCAGUCUGCUAAAGGUUACGCUGUCCUCCAGCGGGUUAAAGAGUUCAUGAAACAGCACGUACUGCCUGCUCAGAAGGAAAUGACUGAGUACUAUGUCAAACACCGUGAUGGGCCUGAGAAAUGGCAAACACCACUUGUGCUGGAGGAACUAAAGGUAAAAGCUCGUGCUGCUGGACUGUGGAAUCUCUUCCUACCUGCAGUCAGUGGACUAUCUCAGCUGGAUUAUUCCUACAUUGCUGAGGAAACUGGACGAUGCUUCUACGCUCCCGAGGUCUUCAACUGCCAGGCUCCAGAUUCUGGGAACAUGGAGGUACUGCAUCUGUUUGGUUCUGAGGAGCAGAAAAAGCUCUGGCUAGAGCCCUUACUGCGAGGAGACAUACGAUCCUGCUUUUGCAUGACUGAGCCAGACAUUGCCUCAAGUGAUGCGACUAACAUGGAGUGCACCCUGUACAAGGAUAAAGACCACUACAUCAUCAAUGGCAAGAAGUGGUGGAGCAGUGGUGCAGGCAAUCCAAAGUGCAAGAUCGCCAUAGUGAUGUGCAAGAGCAAGGCAUCUGAUGUUAUCAGCAGACAUGGUCAGCACAGUAUGAUUUUGGUUCCUAUGGACACACCUGGUGUGCGGAAGAUCCGACCUCUUACUGUGUUUGGACAAGAUGAUGCAUACCAUGGUGGCCAUUUUGAGAUACACUUUGACAACGUACGUGUUCCUGCAUCCAACAUUCUUCUGGGUGAGGGUCGGGGGUUCGAGAUAGCUCAGGGUCGGCUGGGCCCCGGUAGACUGCACCACAGCAUGAGGGCAGUAGGACUAGCAGAGCAGGCACUGGAGCUGCUGUGCCAAAGAUCUGGUAGCAGAAGCACCUUUGGCAAAAAACUGUACCAACAUGAGGUGGUGGCUCAUUGGAUAGCAGAGUGUCGCAUUGCUAUUGAACAGACACGCCUACUGGUUCUCCAUGCAGCUUAUAUACUUGACACACAGGGGAACAAGGCGGCAAGGAAACAGAUUGCGAUGAUAAAGGUAGCAGCUGGCAGGAUGGCUUGUAAGGUGGUAGAUUGUGCCAUUCAGGUCCACGGGGGUGCAGGAGUAUCUGCUGAUUUCCCUCUUGCACAAAUGUAUACAUAUGCACGAACUCUGCGUCUAGCUGAUGGUCCUGACGAGGUUCAUCUGUCUUCGAUUGCCCUCAUGGAGCUCCGGGACCAGUUCAGACAAACAGCUGCUAAACUCUAAACUAACCACGACUGAAAAUGUUUUUUUAAUCAGUUAUGAAAACUUGAUUCAUUUUAGUCAAAUUAUAUUACUCAGCACAAACUUUAUAAUUCUUUACUACUAUAACUGAUUUUAUUUUUAUUGGAAAAAAGCAUUAUCAUGAUGAUUUAGAUAAAGUGGGGUCAAAAAUUCUGAGAAAACUAGUGAUAAUGGUUCUAGUCUGCAGAAGAAUUUAAUAAAACAAUUUUCAUUGCAAAUUAUAUUAUUGACAACAACUCGAGUGAAAAGUAGAAUCUUUGAAAUAUUUACACGAAUUUCAGCAUUUCUUAGUAUUUGGUAUCUCCCAUUUUUAUCCCCCGCUGGCCGAAAGGUCCGAAGGGGGGAUUAUGUCGUGGCGAUUUCCGUCCGUCUGUCUGUCUGUCUGUCCAUCCCAGGAAGGGCGCUCACCUUCUGAAAUUAACUCCUCUCACAGAGUUUGGAGGAAUUUCACGAAACUUGGCAGGAUUCUUUGUUAUAUGUCGGUCAUACGCAUAUUGUAAUUUCGUUAAAUUCGGUCACAUUUUACCAGAGUUACAGUCCUUGAUUAACAAAAUUAUAAUUUGACAAUUUCAUGAGUUUUUCCUUCUGAAAUCAACGCCUCUCACAACUGUUGAAGGAAUUUCAUGAAGCUUGGCAAAAGGAAUUGUUAUUAUCGGUAAUACGCAUUUUGUUCAAUCCGGUCGCACUUUACCAGAGUUGUGGCCCUCGAUUAACAACCUUGUACUUUCACAAUUUCAUGAAGGUGUGCUUGCCUUCUGACAUCAACUCCUCUCACAAUUUUUGGACGAAUUUCUCAAAGCUUGGCAAAAGUCCUUGUUAUAUGACGGUAAUACGCAUAUUGCAAUUUAAUUUCGUUUGUGAAAAUUUGACCAGAGUUUUGACCCUUGAUUAAAUAACUUGUACUUUGACAAUUUCAUGAGGGUGUACGUUCUUCUGAAAUCAACUCCUCUCACAAUUUGUGGAGGAAUUUCACCAAACUUGGCAAAAGGCUUUGUUAUAUGACAUUUAUACGCAUAUUGAAAUUUCGUUUAAUUUGGGCAAAUUUUACCAGAGUUAUGCCCUUGAUUAUUAACAAACUUGUACUUUGGCAAUUUAAUCAAGGUGUGCUUUCUUUCUGAAAUCAACUUCCCUCACAAUUUUUAUCCCCCGCUGGCCGAAAGGCCCGAAGGGGGAUUAUGUCAUGGCGAUGUCCGUCCGUCCGUCCCAGGAAGAGUCCUCACCUUCUGAAAUCAACUCCUCUCACAAUUUUUGGAGGAAUUUCACAAAACUGGACAGGAUUCUUUGUUAUAUGUCGGUAAUACGCAUAUUGCAAUUUCGUUCAAUUCAGUCGCAUUUUACCAGACUUGUGCAAUAGUUGCCAGCGGGGUAUAUUGUGCUCUCAGAGCACUCUUGUUGUUUUAAUGACAUGCAUUUUUCAAAUCCUUUGACCUUUCAAUACAGCAUAGCAACAAAAAAAAUAGCAAAUCAUUAAGCAACAUUUAAGUAUUUAAUGUCAAAUCAAUCUUUAAAUGAAAAUCACCUUGACAAUAUUCUACAUAAUAUGAAAAUAAAUUCAAACCAAUGCAACAUUUGUAAAUUCACAUUUACAAAUACUAGAUGAGCUUAAUGAAAAGCCAAUAUUUCAAUAUUACAAUAUUAAUACAGUAUGGCAAUAUUAAAUCUUGUUAUACUAAACCUUCAUUGGUAUGCAAUCUCUCACUGAUUAUUCUGUUAUAGCAGAGUUGGUGGAAAUUCUUGUAGAUUUUAUAACUGUGUAAAUGUGAUGUACUUAUAGAAAUAAAUGUCACCGAUUCUUUUCAGAUCACUGAUGUCUCAUAAAAACUGUGUGAAUAAAAUAAGAGUGACUGGC